AUGCAUACUACUCUUUCUCUCUUGGUUGCCGGUGCUGGCAUCGCCAACGCAUACACCAUUGCCGUAGCCGAGCCGUUCAUGCGCAAGAACAUUGACCCUGUCGUUAUGCCUGGUCAAUACAAGAGCCACAUGCACACGUUCUUUGGCUCCGAUGCCGUCACCCUCAACACCAACUCUUCCCAGGAGCUGCAGGCCGGCUGCUCGACAGCCGAGAAUCCCAAUGACUACUCGUCUUACUGGGUCCCUACCCUCUACGUCAAGAACGACACCGGCGUGAACCCUGUACCCUUCUCCCGCUUCAGUGCCUACUACGUCUCUAUCGAGAAUGCUGAGGUCGCCAUCCCCCAGGACUACAAAACUGUCGCUGGCAAUGCCCAGGGCACAAAGCAGUCCGACGUUGAGGAACUCGCCGGCAUCCAGUGGUUCUGCGAGGGCGAUGCAACCGAGGAGGGUAAAGAGGCCGCUGCAUGGCCCACGAAAACGUGCUCGACGCACUUACAGACCCUUCUGCUCUUCCACGACUGCGUCAACGAGCAGACCCUCAAGUCAGCCUAUUCGGGCACCCAGAACUGGAAAGAAGGAUACAAGCCCGCCAACCGCUGCCCCGAAGGCAUGAAGCGGAUGCCGCAGCUGCGCUUCUCAAUUCGUUAUGACCUCCGCCAGCUCCUCCCCGACGGAUGGAACGGCAGUCACCCAUUCGAGCUCGCCUGCGGGAACUCGUUCUGCUCUCACGGCGACUUCAUCAACGGAUGGUUACCCGAAGCCGCAGCCAACAUGCUCAAGGCCAACAGCAAGCGAGAAUUUGCUGGCGUGGAUGGUCCUGACGGGAAGUACAACGCUGGCUCCAAGUGCGGUGCCAAGAACGCAGAUGCCGAUCCUGAAAACGGCACCUCUAACUACGAAGAGAGUGUUAGGGUGAUGAGCAGCAAGCGCAGCAUCGGGCUGCGCUCCCAGUCUCGUCGGGCCCCAACAGCUGCACCGUACUAA